UAUGCAAAAUCCGCCUGAUUCACCUAGAUUACCAUCACCUACAUCUCCCUGUGUUGAAGAGACGUCACUCCUACCAGACAUGGGAAAAAACAAGGACACUCUUGAACGAAGGCUCCAAUGCAGAAGAUCAGUAAAUGAAUUAGUUGACCAAGGCAUUUAUCCUUCUUUACGUAUUCCCCCCCACUAUGCUGCUCAACAAAAGCAGUUACAGCUGGCCAAGACGAGUGAUAUACUCAAACAUAAGAUACAACAAAGACCGGAUCGUCAAUCUCUAGUCCAACAACAUAUCUUGGAAGAUUUUAAUGUCGACCCCUCCCUUCAUGGAAAACAGAGACAAUUUAUUAAAGCUAGACUGCAGGAUAACCUUUCGCAGCAUCUUGUCACUCGACCAGGACCCUUGGACCUUGUUAGGGAUCGAAUACUUCCAGCAGAAAAAGAACUGCAGGACGCUCUCGCUAGAAAUGAAGAGUACACAGAAGAAUAUUCAACAGAAUAUACAGCAGAAUAUACGGCUAGUCCAGAAGAAGAGUAUAAAGACGAUAAUAGUUUUGCUUCUCUUAUGAAGUUACAGCCAGAUGAAUUUAUAGGUGCAAAAAAAGAUGUUACCCAAUAUAACUUGGGAAAUGUUUCAAGCAAUGAUGGAGGGGGCAAAAUGUCCACUGUUCGAAAGAAUAGAGAUAAAAAUAGACAACAAAAAUCAACUCCCAGGGCCAGAGUGAUAAAAUUUCAUGAGUAUAAAGGUCCUACUAAAAAAAGUCCCGUUAGACGAAGAAGACCCUCUUUUGACUCAAAUUCUAUGAAAACAAGUCACAGCCAAAGGCUGCAACAGCAGCAAAUGUAUUUAGAUUUUGAGCAAGUAUCUCCCUGCAGUCCCAACUCCUUAAUGAUAAAAAGUUUGGAAAAUUUAAACGUAGGAGAAUUAAAAGCUGAAUGUAGAAAAAGAAAUAUACCUGUGGGUAGAACAAAAAAAGAACUGUUAGAAAAAUUGCGCCUAUUCUCAGACGAAAUUAUGCAGGAAAACUGUAAUCAACAAACUAGACCGUCUUUUGGCAUGGACGUAGAAAAUUCAACUGAAAUAAAUAAAGAUGAAAUGAUCGCUCAAUUGCAGCAAGAAAUUAUCGAACUUCGCAAGUCGGUAAUAGAAUAUAAAACGAAAUGGGAAAGAACUGAGGCUCAAAUGCUUGAAGAGAGGAAGAAACAGAGUAUCAGACCGAAGACAACACCCCAGCCAGUUAUAGCACAGAUAAAAAUAAUGUCUGCCGUUAAUGGAACUAAUGAUCCCAGUUCUAAUUUACAAUUGAUAAGUCAAGCUCUACAGCAGGCUGUUGGAUCGAAUUUAAUCAAAGAUACUUCCAAUAGGACUAUUGAUAAUGCUGACAUCACAUCUGGAGAAAGAUCAUUUACUGGACUCAGCCAAUCCAAUAGUGGAAUCAAUUUACUACCAGCGUCUGAAACUUCUCCUGAUGCUUCUUCUCCUGUUUCAAACCAUGGAAUUAAGACUGUUGAAAAUGUAUGUAAUUUACAUCGAUCUUCUACUGAGCCUCUGCCUUUAUCUCAUCAGGAUUAUUUUAAUCAACAAAUGAACAAUAAGCAAUUAUCCGAGUUGUUAGAUGUUAUAAAGUCAGACUCAACACCGCUGAUGGAAUGGAAUGAGACUCAAAUGGCAAAUACAGAUCAAAAUCUAUCGUCUCAAACGAAGAUUCCACCGAACACAAUCGACUUGUCCGAUUUUAGGUCACCUAAUGAAAACGACGGCGUUUUUCCUUUUGACAACGUGAUAGAUUUUGAUCUUGAUGCAACCGAAUUAAAUAAAUUUCUCGGAUAA